AUGAGCAUCGUACUGGCGAGCAGAGCACACCACAAACGUAAGCCGUCCUGCAGUAAGGAGCAAGAUCCGUCAUCCAAAGCAAGCUGUCAGUUCAACCUGAAGUCCACAAAAAUGGCCGCAACGGCAGCGGACGAAGCUAGCGCAGCCAAAAAUGCCCAAAAGUGUGCAGGUGAAGAGGCCGGACAACUGGCCAUGUAUCGAUUGGCCGACAAGGCCGAGCAGGCUGCUCGAGCGGCUGAAGCGGCUUUGAAUGGCAAGAAGCAGCUCCUCGAGCAACUAGAGCAGAGUCAGUGCGAAGCCGAUGCUGUCAUAGAAGAGGUUAAGAAGGCUCUGGCCAGUAGCAAAUGCAACAUAAAUACAAUUGUCCGCAUCGCUGCAAGCAUUAAAAAUCAUCAAGAGGUCAUGCAGAACUUUCUAGAAGCUUCGAAGGCGAAUUUAGAGAGAUAUAAAGAAAUAGCGGCCUGUGCCAAUAUUGAAAUACGGGAAAAGUAUAUGAUACUUAUGAACGUUAGCAAGCGAGAGGAGGAAUUAAAAAAGUGCAUGGAAAAGGCCAAAACAGAUCUUUGCCGAACCGAAAAAAUUGCCGAAAAGGCGGAGACUGCAGCGGUGGAAGCCACUCAGCGUCUGAACUAG